GGCAGUGAAAGCCGGUGGCGGACACCGGGGCCUGGGUCGGGCCUUACCGGCCCCAGACGAGCGGGACGGGGAGAUCGGCCGGACCCGGUUGGCCCAGCUAGACCCGCCCUCUCCGGGACUAGCCCCGCCCCCUCCAGGACCAGCCCCACCCUUAUACCCAGACCCCGCCUCCUCCCACUGCAGCCCCCGCCUCCGCUGCCUCUCCCUGCUAGCCCGAGCCUGAUGGGCUGAAGGGUCUCCUUCCUGUACUGUAUGCCCUUUAGAUUUAGGUAGGGUUGCUGUUCCUCACCACUGUUGCUGUAGGAUGUCAACACUUUUUCCGUCACUCUUUCCCCGAGUGACAGAGUCAUUAUGGUUUAACCUCGAUCGACCAUGUGUGGAUGAAAAUGAACUCCAACAACAAGAGAACCAGCAUCAAGCUUGGGUUGACCGGCAUGUGUUGCUCAUUCCUAAUUGUCAAGGGGAAGUUAAGGGUCGGCCUCAUUGCUAUGGGUCUGGAGUUCCAUGUGGGCCACAUUGGUUGCAGAGUAUUGCUGAGAAGAACAAUACUUUGGUCCCAAUUGGAAAGCCUGCUUCUGAGCAGAACUAUGAUGAUGAGGAAGAGGAGGAUGAUGAGGAUGACGAGGACAGUGAAGAGGACUCUGAGGAAGAUGAAGACAUGCAGGACAUGGAUGAGAUGAAUGAUUACAAUGAGUCUCCAGAUGAUGGAGAGAUAAAUGAGAUCGACAUGGAAGGUGCAGAGCAGGACCAGGACCAGUGGAUGAUCUAAAGGGCCUUUGACUCUCUCUGUGCUCUUCAAAUCCAGGGAUUCAGUUUAGUCACCAAAUUUGACACUGGGAACAAGAGAUACCUUGAAGAAGACACGUCUGAUCAUAAAUGCAUGCAUGCCUUCACCUGCCAUCACCCCCAACCCUAACCCUGGCUUGUCCAGACUCCUCUGUCUGACACUGUUUGAGGCAUGGACUUUUUUGAACGGCUGUGAUUGCUCUAUUCCAGACUAGAACAGGAGGCCAUUCAGCCCCUUAGGUUUGAUCCUUCCACACAUAUCGGUUCCAUGACCCUUGAGGAUGCGUAUCCUUCCCCCACCCCAGCAAAAUCAACCUCCACCUUAAGAUUUUCAGCUGAUUCACUCCCUCCUUCUCUGGGUUGGAAAGCGCUGGAUUUCCACAGACCAUUCCCACACCAGGGAACUGGGGUUACAAGUUGUGAAAUUGUUAUCCAGUGGAAUCUUGUCUUAUGGUUUGUAGAAUUGAGGGGGUUUUCAGAAUACAGAGUUCAGAUCCCAACCUCGGCCCAACAGUCAGGGAGGGGCCAAGCUGAGACCAGGUACAGUUUGUGUCAAAUCCGUGUCAAACACUCCAUGCUGCUCUCAAUCACACCUUUUCCAACUUCACCUUUCCAGCACAUCCUUCUAUCCCUUCACUUAUCCUUCAGCUCUUUUUGUUUCUUUUCAAUACAUCUCAGCUGUUCAUCAUUUAACCACUGCCUGCCAUGGCAGGUUCCACAUUCUAACCAGGAAAUGGAUUCUCCGCCAAACACAGGACUGAAAGCAUUGCAGGUUUCUCUUUACUGCCUCUACUGAACAAUUACUUAGGGACAUUUCUUGUGAACUCUAAAAUAAAAUGUUUUGUUGGUCC